CGUGCUAGCAGCGCACCAAUCGUAACAACCGUUCGAACGUCUGCCUAUAGCAACGUUUCUUACAAUCAUCACGUGUUCACAGUCAAUCACGUGUUCACAGUCUCAUUACGUUUCUACAAGUUUCUACAAUCUUUUACGAUAAGCCAAACAAAAUCACGUGUAUAUUAAACUUUGGUGAUAACUAAGAAGAAUAAAAUAACAAUUGUGACCAUUUAAAAGCAAGUCGUUAAAAGAUAAAACCUAAACGAGACACGAGAAGGGAAGAAACCUAAACAGAAAGAAGAAAUACACUCUGGAAGGAUGAAUAUUUCUUUGAAAUAACUUGAUUCCUUAAAAGGUUCUAAAAAAAGGAUGAUAACCAAAAUACCGAGAAACGUCUUAAAUACGUUUCUUCUUUCAAGGAUUGAAAAAAAUGGUUUUACGAAAAGGGGAGCAUUUUUUUUAAGGGACAAACCUCUUGCUUCUGAGGUAUUAACAAAUUAUUUAUUACAAACUAAUGAACCACCAUGGACUUCGUAUUUUGUCAAAUACGCUGAUGUUGUGAACGAUCAAAGAGGAAUGUCACACUUCAAUUGGUUUCUGGGUAAUAGUAAUUAUCAUGUAUUGAGAACUGGUUGUUUUCCAUAUAUCAAAUAUCAUUGUACAAAACGACCAAUGGAGGACCUAAGUAUUGACGAUAAAUUUUUCAAGGUGAUCAAGAUACUUAACCUUGGUAUACCUACUUUGAUGUAUGGAUUAGCUGCAACCUUUCUGAUACGACAUCAAGAAACCGUAAAAACAUCACGAGGAAAUAUUACCAUUUACUUUUUAUUACCUGAAGAUAAAGGUUCUUUAUACUGAUUAAAAAUAUUUACAACAAUAAUCAUCAAAUAAUUUCAUAUUAAA